CUAAGAGAUGAUAUCAGGAAGUACGAAGAAAAGAAGAGUGGGAAGCAGCGGUCGCCUCUCCUCAUUCGGCGACAUUGAUUCCUCCAAAUCCUCCGACGGAACCCUAACGGGAUCCUCUGGUUUCAACGAUCCCUCCACCGCCGACGUUAUCCUCCGCCUCUACUACGAAUCAUCUCCGUUUGAAGACGAUCCUGAAACCCUCUCCUCAUCCGUGAAUUCUGUUAAUUCUGUCGAUCAGGGAGAUGUCCAACUCCAUCUUCACUCGAAUGUCCUUCGCAGAUCCAAAUACUUUGCAGCGCUUCUUUCCGAUCGAUGGCAGAGAAAAUCUGACUCAGGGGAGGAUUCGGAGAACUCCCACAGGGUUUACGAUCUCAAUCUGAAGGUUUCCUCGACAAUUGGAUCCUUCAACAACCAUUUGACGGUCCUUCAGCUGCUUUACACCAAUAAUUUCUCAACCAUCAUCGACAGUGUCUCUACUGCACUUUCAAUCCUACCAGUCGCCCUUGAGCUCCUCUUCGAAGAUUGUGUAAAAGCUUGUGUUCGGUUCUUGGAGGCUGUGCCGUGGAGUGAAGAGGAAGAAAAGAAGGUUUUAGCUUUUGUUCCCCUCUUAAAGCAGGAGGAAUCUCAAGAGCUGCUCGCUAGGGUUUCGCCAACCAACAGCGCUGCCUCGGAGGACAUGCUUCAUGGUCUGAUCGUAGCUGCCAUUCAUAACCACUCCAACAUGGCAUUGGUCAAGGCUUUCGUGGCGAAGCUCUUGAGGGAUUUUUCGUCCAGGGAUUCCGCGAAGCGUGUGUUGGAUCAGGCAUUUCAUCAAAGCUUGAAGAUUGUGAAGGAGUCGCUCGAGGAAUAUUCCAGUCCGGAUUUUAGAGGGGAUUAUAAUGACCCAGAAGCAAUUCAGCGGGUCAACCUCCACACAGCAAUGACCAAUGGGAAGCAUCUUUAUUGGUUGGUGGAGAGAAUGAUUGAGUUAAGAGUAGCUGAUACUGCUGUGAAGGAAUGGAGUGAUCAGUCAUCAUUCACUGCGGAUUUGCAGAGGGCAUUUCGUGAUGAUGCAUGCAGGAAUAUUGCGCCGGGGCUCCAAGCCGUCAUGCUUCGUUGCACUUGCAAACUUGCUAAUGCAGUUGCUGCUGGCUCGAUUGUGGCUGCUAGGCAGGUUAGGAUGAAGCUUGUGAAGGAUUGGCUACCAGUGCUGAUUGUUUGCAAAGACAACAGCAUAUCUGUGUUGCCCAGUCACAAAUCACUGUACCAGGAGCUGGAAGAAACAUUCUUAAGAAUCAUCUCCACGCUUCCUAUGUCAGAUGCGCAGGAGUUACUCCCACAGUGUCUCAGUUUUACUACUAGAAAUGUUGACGACUGCCCGCACUUGGUCUCGGCCUUCAAUACUUGGUUCCGUAGAGCAACUCGGCCAUCACAGAGUGACAUCCUUGAUUGAAAGCGAUGGGAGAGGCAUGUGGCUUGCAACAACAAUUUAAUUGAUGAACAAUCUAC